UGGGAUGUGGUGAAAGCAGUUUCGCUCUUCUCUGUACUUAGCUGAUUUGCAUAGAAGCUAGGCCAUAUUUCUUUUCUUUUUUUCAGAACUCUCCACUACAAAAGGUGGCGCCAAUGUAGAUUUUUAUUGUAUUCCUCCUUGCGCCACCACUACAGAUAGAUAGAUGUACAUAAAGAGCUACAUUUGAAGCUUGUAGGCUAUACCGUGUCAGAAGAACCUUUUGCUGAUAGCAGCUUCCAUCGAGAAAUAAAGAUGGCUCAACAAAGAGGAGUUAACAGUCUUCAGUUUAAUCAAGAUCAGAGUUGUUUCUGUUGUGCAAUGGAGACUGGUGUUCGCAUUUACAAUGUGGAGCCUCUUAUGGAAAAAGGACACCUCGAUCAUGAACAGGUUGGAAGUGUUGCUCUUUGCUCCAUGCUUCAUCGCUCCAACCUUCUGGCUGUUGUUGGAGGAGGUGUCAACCCUAAAUUCUCAGAGAUCUCAGUGUUGAUCUGGGAUGAUGCACGGGAGUCAAGAGAAGCAAAGGAUAAGUUGGUUUUGGAAUUCACUUUCACAAAGCCAGUGCUAGCUGUCCGCAUGAGACAUGACAAGAUCAUCAUUGUUUUGAAAAACAAAAUCUAUGUGUACAGUUUCCCUGAUAACCCUGUAAAGUUAUUUGAAUUUGACACCAGAGACAACCCAAAAGGUCUGUGCGACCUUUGCCCUAGCCUUGAGAAGCAGUUGCUGGUUUUCCCUGGACACAAGUGUGGAAGUUUACAGCUAGUGGACCUGUCCAAUACCAAACCAGGAACAUCCUCUGCACCUUUCACCAUCAAUGCCCACCAGAGUGAGAUUGCCUGCUUGGCUCUCAAUCAGACUGGUAGUGUGGCUGCCUCUGCCUCCCGUAAGGGUACCCUGAUCCGCCUCUUUGACACCACCACCCGAGACAAACUAGUGGAGCUAAGAAGAGGGACAGACCCUGCCACUCUCUACUGCAUCAACUUCAGUCAUGAUUCCUCAUUCCUCUGUGCGUCCAGUGACAAGGGAACUGUGCACAUUUUUGCCCUUAAAGAUACAAAACUCAACCGCCGGUCUGCGCUGGCCCGUGUGGGUAAGGUUGGCCCUGUGAUUGGUCAGUAUGUUGACAGCCAGUGGUCUCUAGCCAGCUUCACUGUGCCAGCUGAAUGCGCCUGCAUCUGUGCUUUUGGGAAGAACACGUCCAAGAAUGUGAACUCUGUCAUUGCUAUAUGUGUCGAUGGGACAUUCCACAAGUAUGUCUUCACCCCCGACGGAAACUGUAAUCGGGAAGCUUUUGAUGUUUACCUGGACAUCUGUGAUGAUGAUGAUUUCUGAAGUGUAUUGAUGUAAAUGACAAUAAUGGCUUCAAGAACAGUUUUAUCAGUGCAAGCAAACAUUAUAUUUCAAAGCUGCAAACUGAACCGAUGUCUGGAAAAAAGAACGUUUUUUUAUGUGUUUUGUGUUGAAAUAUGUUGUAAUCAUAUGUAUAUAGCCACAAACUGGAUAUCAAAUAAAAGUGUUGAAAUCCA